AUGAGAAGCCUGGGCAAAGAUACUCAGAAUAAGCCAGUGUCCCUGCAAGACUUACUACAGCAAACUGCCAAACCAAGCCCAUUUCCUCAAAAUACAGUAGAGGACUUAGCAGGCUUUGAUAUUGCUCUGAAAUUGGAGAAUAAAAUUUUGCAGGCCCAACUGCAGUGGCUGAUGGAAGAAAAUUUUGCCCCACAGGCUCAGAUCUCAGAGCUCCAGAUGCCCCAAGCAGCCAAGGAGGCUGAACCACUCCAGAAGCCCUCAAAGUCCCAGGAACCCCAGAAACCCCUAGAAAACCUGGAUCUCCCAGAAGCCUGGGAGUGCCAAGAAUUCCCAGAAGUUGAGGAUCCCCAAAAUCUCAGAAAGCCCCAGGAGCUCCCAGCCUCGAAGACCCCAGCAGCCCAGGAGCACACGGAAAUGAGACCUAGAAGCCCUUCAGCCUGGAAAUCUCAAAAUCUUCCAGAGGUCAAGGAACUCCACAAGCCCCCCUUGGCAUAGGAGGCCUACAAGCCCCCAGAAGUUAAGAAGGUCCAGGAGCUCCCAGAUACCCAGGAGGUCCCAGUGACCCAGAAGACCCAAAAUUCAGAGCACCAGGAUCUCCCACAUGCCCAGAAGACCCAGGAGGCAAUAGAACGUCAGGAGACCCCAACAUACCUGGAGCCCCUUAAGCUUCCAACUCUCCAGGAGUCUCUCGAAACUGGAGUGCCCCACCAGCCUCUGGAUCCUUUAGAUGCCCAGGAGUUCCUAGAGCCCUCAGCACCCCAGGAGUCCCUGGAGGGCCUAAUAGCUGCUUUGACAUCAGCAGCUUCAGAAUUCCCAUAGUCCCCCAGUGAGUUAGAAGGUGAAGCUUUCUCCCUAGAAUACUGUUUAGCCUUCAGUGGAGAUGCCCAGAAGCUUUCUGAAUUCCUGGUUCAAUUGAAUAGUUACAUGAAAGUCAGAGGGCACCUGUAUCCCACUGAAGCAACCAUAGUGAGCUUUGUUGGCAACUGCUCCUCAGGUGAGGCAGGAAUGUGUUUUUAGCCCUUACUAGAUACCCAAAAUGCCCUCCUGGAGCAAUUUGAAAGUUUCAUAGAAGUGCUCCAGGAUACUUUUGACAGUCCAGAAAACAUGGAACAUGCCAGUCACAGCAUCCAUCAGCUUUGCCAAGGGGAGGAUCCUGUCCACCAGUAUGUGACCCACUUCCAUCUUGCUCAAGAGCUAAACUGGAAUGAAAGCAUUCUCUACAUCCAGUUUCAGGAAGGACUUGCCAGUUCUGUCCCAGAUGAUCUGUCUCACACAAGCCCAGCAGCCACCAACCUAUCUGAUCUGAUCACUCAGUGCCUGGAACAGAAGCUAAGUGGUAAGCCUGAUCCAAAUCCACAAGGAGCAAGUCCCUCUGAGGAGAGAGCUGGGCCUGAGAGUUUACUAGCUGAAAACCAGCCUGUGCAGGCUGCAAGCAAUAGCCUACAUCUCAGUGAAGCUGAGCAGGCCCACUGCUGGGAAGGCCACUUGUGCCUCUACUAUGGUCAUCCUGGUCAUUUUGCCAGAGACUGCUCUGUCAUGACUCAUUGUGCAUAGCAGGUGGGAAACAUCGAGGCCCAGCAGUAA